AUGUCUGCCGCCGGAUUUCAAUAUAUCGGUGAUAGAGACACAGCUCGUUGUGAACAUUGUGGACUUGAAGCAUUCAAUUGGACAGCAGAUAUGAAUCCAUUUACUAUUCAUUCUAAAGAAAGUCCUCAUUGUCCAUACGUCCGCUCUAUGAAACCAUCAUCAUUAUUAUCUGUACUUGGAUCUUCCUCCUCGUCAACAAGUACUGGUCAAAAUACAUCAACAUCAGAUGAACAAGAAAAUCAUCCUACACGUCGAAAAAUUGAUUUAAAAUCUCGAAUAAAUAAUUUAUUCGAACCUGAUUCACUUCAACAAUGUCGAAGACAUACCUUUUGCCAAUGGCCACAUCGUGGAGCUCUAUCAAGUGGAUGUAUGGCUGAUGCUGGGUUUUUUAGUUGUGAUAGUGGUGAUCGAAGUACAUGUCUUUAUUGUAAUCUAACAUGUGAACAAUGGACACCAAAUGUAGACGAUCCUAGUGAAGUACAUAAAACACUUUCUCCUACAUGUUUAUAUGUUACAGAAAAAUUACGCCUUGCUGAACCACCACCUAUUGUAAAUGGCAAUAUUAGUUCAAUGGCAGCUAUUGCAAACAGUCCUAUUCAUGCGCCAAAUAAUAUCAAUCCAUUCUUACUUAGUACAUUUACUCGUCCAGCUGCACAAAAUCAAAGUCACAGCACCGUUCAUAGAUCAACAGCUUCUGCUCCAACGUGUCCUGUUGAUAAUUCACUUUCUAUUGACGAGCUGAUUCAAACAAACACCACGUCUACAGAAUAUCAAUUUGAUGUAAAUAAAUUUUGCUGCAAAGAUUUAUUAGACCAUUGGGAUCCAGAUGAUAAUUCAAAGAUUGAAGAUGAUCGUUGGUUUCCACAUUGGGCAAAUGGUAAACAAUUAUAUGGUGAACAAUUGUAUCAUAAAAUUCAAGAAGCUAAUCGAGCACACCAACUACGUAUUAAUUCGAAGAGACUAAGUGAAAAGGCAAAUCCUGAUGUUAUAACAAAUACCAAUACAACUCCAAAUAGUCGACAAUCACUCAUGUCUAAUAAAAGUAUUCUAUCCAUUAUUGAACGAUGUUGGCAACGAAAAUUACAAGAAAAGCAUGAACCUUCUGUUUGUUAUCGUGAUUUAUUAAUUAUUCGUUUUAUUCAGCAAAACCAAAUAGAGCUUGGGAAAAAUAUUAUUAUACCAUGUGAAAUAAUGAAACAAAUCUCAGAAGAAGCAAUAAAAAGACACCGAGAAAUACCUGAACAAAGACAAAUAUUAGUUGAAUCUUGCGUUGUCUGUUCAGAGGGAGAAAGACAAUUAGCUUUCUUACCAUGCGGUCAUUUGACCACAUGUGUUCCAUGUGGACAUUCGCUGAGAUCAUGCCCAUUGUGUCGACAAAAAAUUGAAGCAUAUGUUACGAUUAGCAUUAACGUCUAG